UUAAAUGUUGGCGAUCGUGGCUGUCAUUGUGUAAAUGUCCAAACGAGGGGGCACCAUGGAUUUUAUUAUCGACACCACGGGCUCAGACAAUACCGAAAAUAAAACUAAAAAUACUCUGAUUUCGCGGCUCCUCGAAGACUAUGAAGAGUCUCUUCCGUCGCACAAGCCCCCCACAACAAAUAAGAAAAAAGAAGUUUGUUUGCAGACAUUCUUUGACGAAAUGGGGUGGAGUGGUACCGCCCCAAAAACCAAACCUGACAUUUUGAGUGACUUGAAAACCCCCUCGAACGAGGUUCAAGAAGCCUUGAAAAAAUCCGUACUUACGGAAGACUUUGAAAAGAAGCACGAAGUCCCUCCGCUUGAAGUCUCAGAAAAAAGACUAAAGAAACAACGCAAGAAAGAAUCGGAAUUGACAAAAGGCAAAAAGUGGUAUGGGUUACCAGCCACUGAAAUGACUGAUGAGGUGAAGCGCGACUUGGAGAUUCUUCAGAUGAGGUCGGUUUUGGAUCCUAAACGGUUUUACAAAAAGAAUGACUCAAAAGUUUUACCCAAAUAUUUCCAGAUUGGUAAAGUUUUGGACUCGCCUCUAGAUUAUUACAACGCUAGGUUAACCAAGAAAGAGCGCAAGAAGACACUAGUAGAUGAGCUCCUUGCUGAUGCCGAAUUCACCAAGUAUAACAAACGGAAAUACAAAGAAAUUAUUCAAGAAAAACAGAAAACGCAUUACAAAGCGUGGAGACAAGCUAAAAGGCUCAAAAAGAAAAAAUAAUUUUGUAUUUUAAUUUUUAUACAAAAAUAAAUAAUUUCAUGUUUGA